AUGGAAACUGACUAUCUGAAGAGGUGCUUUGGCAAUUGCCUGAGCCAGGCACUGGCAGAGGUGGCGAAGGUUCGGCCCAGUGAUCCCGUUGAAUACCUGGCUCACUGGCUUUAUCAUUACAGGAAAACCACUAAAGCAAAAGAAGAGGAGAGCCAAGAGAUGAUCCAGCUGAAGGAAGAACACGAUAAUAGCCUCAAAGAAACCAAAAUGACAGAAAUGCUGAAGCAAGAAGAGUGUCAGAUUCAACAGCAGUAUGCAAAGUGCACAAGGUAGGGAGGGAGGAACCCAGCAGCAGGCAGUUGUCAUCCCCUUCCGCUGGUAUCUGUAGCUAGUUCCACAAAGAAGACCGCAUUCAUACAAGAGAACACAAAACCCCUUGAGAACGAUGGCUUGAAGCAGGAAUCUCUGCCAGGUACUUCCAAUAUGAUUCCAGGAAUGCCUCAGUAGAUUCCUUCUCAAGAGUCUUCUGGCUAGACUGACUGCUGCGUCGAAACUCCCCAAGAAGUAAAUUCCUAGGCUUUUCAGCAUGCAAUUGCUCCUCAAAUGCAUCCUGGCUCCAAAUCUCCUUCUUAUCAAAAGUUGGAUGAUUCUCAGGACACUUCUCUCAAAGCUACAAACUGA